AUGCCCUCUGCCAGGCUCCUUUGGCACUGCAUCCUUAAUCUAAACCCAAAGGCAGAGCUAGUUAAAGCAGCGAAGGCGGAGCUCAGGAGUGGUCCAGCCCCAAAGGAGGAGGAGGAGGAAGGGCUGCCAUUGCCUUUGCAAGUGCUGCAGCUGCUGGGAACGCCACUGGAUCCCUGGAUCCGCUGGGAGGCUGGGCCUGGAGGCUACCACCCCACCGUCACCCUGGCGCUGCGUUGUUUAGAUGGGGUCACCCUUUCCCCCACGGAGAAUGACUUCGUCAGCAAGAUCAUUGAGGAACUGGACCAUUUCUUGCUUCAGAACCAGUUGGAAAAGGUCCUUUUGUUUCCUCCCUUGUCCAGUCGCCUCCGGUACCUGAUCCACCGGACCGUUGAUGAUGUUGACCAUCUGAGCAGCUUUUCUGUGGGAGAAGGAUGGAGACGGAGGACAGUAGUUUGCCACUCGGCCAUAAGGUUGCCAGAUGACCCGGAGGAUCAAGAUGGCUUCCGAGGAAAUACCUCCACCUCAAGUCACCCUUUCCACCCAAGAAACAGAGGAGGCCGGUCAAGAGGGGGACCACGUCACGGCGAAGCAUUGGCCGAUGGCUCCCAAUCCCAGAGAGGAAAUGGCCGAGGAAGAAGGCAGCCCCGAAAGAAGCCAGAUAGAGCUCUGUAUGUCCCCAGGGCCAUGCGGAAGAAGCCGGAGGGCUUGCAAAAAGAAGGGCCACUAGAUGCAUCUGGAAGUGAGUCCCAUGGCAUUAGAACAAUUGAGUCUGAGUGUCCAAGGUCAAGUGUGGUCAAUGGAAGUGAUAGGAUUACAGAGACCAACAGGUUGCCAGGUCCUGAUGUGGAAUACUCCAAGGCUGAAAGUCCUCAAGAGAUGUAUACAAAUAUUUUGGAGUCUGAUGCUAAGAGUGGCAAGGGAGAGUGCCUAAGUUCUCAUCUGCUGGAAUGUGCACCCAGUGUGUCAGAAGAUGGCGGCCAGCAUAACAUUGAACAAUCUCCCUUCAUACUAGAGAGCAGCCAAACUCUUACUGCUGGAGGAAGCCCACAUGAAGAUGGCAGAGAUCCUUUGGUACAUGACUAUUGUGAAAAGUCCGACUUUCAGGAAGAAUGGAAGGAAGAGGGUUCUGUCAAUGUGGUCUCAGAAGAAAGUAGUCACCUACCAUUGCUGGAAGAACAGAACAAUAUAGUUCCAGAGAACGUAGCUUUAGAAUUGAGCAUAAAGAUGUCCAUUCUUCAAGACAAAGAAAAGAGCAGCCCUGAUUCCUUUGUUUUGGAAAGCAAUACCUUUCCAUCCCUGCCUGAAGAGUGUGAGGGACCUGUUAUCGAUACCAUUUUCUCAAACCCUCCUAGUGCUUCCAGCUUCUUGGAAGAUAAGAAUAAUGUUUGUACUUGUGCCAGUGGAGCGGAGGAUAGCAAGACACCUUCUCCGAAAGAGGGCACAACAGAUGCCACUGUGUCCCAUUGCAGUCCAGAAAUGUCAGCCUUGGAAACCCAGGAUAAAGACUGCUGUGAUGCAUCUGUAUUCCAGCAUAGCCAGACAGAGGCCUGUAAAGACACUGGGGAUCAAAACAGAAUAGGUUUCCCUGUGACCGGGUGGACAUCAUCUCCUGGAGCAGAAAGCUGCAAAGACCUGCCUGUGCUGGACUCCCAGGCUGUACCUUAUUUAAAUACCUCUGUGUGUGAAUAUGGCAAAGGUGGCUGCGUUCUUGAAAACCAGCAGAGAGAGAUGGCAGACCUGGAAGGAAACCUGUGGCCUGGCCUGGAGCUGUCUUCUGGGGACAGAGACAUGAGGAACUCUGUGGUGGAAGAAAAGGAUAGCAUCUUUGAGGAUGACUGUGGUGCUGAGCUCUUACAAGAGAUCACAAAUUAUUUGACCAUAAAGGACAUAAGCAUUGAAAAAAUCCAGUUUGAUUGUUCUAGCUAUGGCGAAGCGCAGAUCAACGAAGGAGAUUUUGGACACGUGCUCGAGAUCUAUGAUUUUUCUCCCUUACUAAAAACUGAGCACCUCCUGGAGGUCUUUGCAGAGUUUCAAGAGAGUGGAUUUAAGCUGCAGUGGGUCGAUGACACUCAUGCUCUUGGUAUCUUUUCCAGUUUGGCAGCAGCAUCUCAAGCACUAGAACAGAGUUAUACCUCUUUAAAGGUUCGUCCUCUAAUCCAUGGUACCAGACAGUCAAAAAUCAAGGCUCUUCAGCGGCCAAAGCUCCUACAACUGGCAAAAGAGAGACCUCAGACAGACACAGUGGUAGCUAGGAGGCUGGUGACCAGAGCCCUGGGAUUGCAGCGGAAAACACCGCGGCGCCAUGCUUGUCGGGUGCUGGAACCACAGAACCCAAAUCCAGCAGAGCAAAACUAGAGUGCACUAAGCUUCUUGGGGUGAUGAAGAUAAUCAUCUGGGUGUGGUAUUAAACUGUGUAUACCAACAGUGAGAUGGUGGUAGUUCUCAUCUCUGCCUAUUGAAUAGUUGUUUGUUUUUUGCGGUACUGAGAUGAUAGUUGUGUUAGAAACUGGAAAUAGUUGUCGGUGAGAGUUCAUGGUGAGUUACAGAACUUCCUCGUGGGAAUGAGGUUGAUCUCUGAAGGCCACGUGAGAAGGGACCAGAGCAUAAGAAGAAACUGGCCUCUUCUCCACCAUUUUCAUAUGUUGCCAGCACAUUUUGUAUGUGUGAUUUGGCUGUUUUUUUGUUUUUAAGGCUAUGCUCUGUGAAGUUGGCAAGGCCUGGAACUGACGUUCCCAUUCCUAAGUUGGUAAAUGUUCUUAGUCUAGUAGGGUGACUCUUGAGUUUUCCUUCUCGACAUCUCGCCUGCCCAUGCUGGGAGGCAUCAGAAAGGAAGAAAGUGGUUAACUCCUUCCUUCCCUGCUGCCCCAUGGGUGCUGUUUCACCCAGCUCAGAUUUUUGAUGUGGUUAUGAUUGAAAUGCAAAUCAGAAGCCCACAAAAGUUCUUUUUGAAGGUGGUUGGGGAGACAGGGAGGAACUAGAAGCACAACAAGAAAAGCAAGGGUUAGAAGUGUGCAGCCCUCCACAUGUUGUGGGACUGCCAGACCCAGAAAGCUUAGCCAGUAAAGUCACAAGUGAGGACUUCUGGAAACUGUAGCACAACUUUUUUUUUGGUGGUGUGGAAGCACAGUUCCUACCAUGGCAGUAAAGAAAGAAUUAAGUAGCAUUAUUAUUAUUCCCCCUCUUUUUUCCCUUCUCUCAGUCUCUCUGGAAAUGGUAAUGUGUUAUAAGAUAGAAGCAGAAAUGCUCUCCAAGCCUUUUGCUAGAGUAACUGCUUUUUCUGUUCUUGAGUAAGUAAGCAAUGAUUUUGGCAGAAUGUGUAGCAGCACCUGGACACAGCUCUGCCUCGUGCUGUUUCCGAGUUUGUCCUUUUCACCUUUUCUCUUUGCUGCUCUUUCAGAGCAGUAGUUCAACCAAGUGUUACGUUAAUGCAACUACUUUUCCCGAUGUUGCAUAAGGUGGUAUCCAUGAUCUCUUUACACAGUAGUUUGGACAGGUUAGGCAGCAGCUCCCAGGCAGGUCCUAGGCUGUUGCCCAAUCUUGUCAUCUUCACACCUUCUCUUUGGUGGCCUCCCUUUCCCUUCGUUCUCUGGUAUACACUACUCUGUGUAAGUAUUCCAGUCGAACUUUACAUUCUGCCAACUGGAAAGAGGCUCUCAUCUUGCAUCUGUAGACUUCUUCCCUGAGUAUCUAGCCUCAUGCGGAGCACUUGUGCACAAAUUCACCCAAGGGAGCACCAACCUUGAACCAAGGAAGGAGCAGGCUUGCCAUUCAUGAGGUCUAGAUUGUUAACAAAGACGAGACACACACAAAGCAAUAUGUUUGCAGCGGUUCAAUACCUUCUUUAAUCAAAGUUUGUAAGGAUUUUUUUUCCUCCUGGUUUUGGUUUUUUGAAUUAAAGCUGUUGACAUAAAUAUA